GGGAAAGAUAAUGCUGAGUUCCAACUGUCUUUUAUUUGUGCGUCCCCUUACAAAGAAACAGACAGAUGAUUUAGGUGAUAAUGACGGUGCUGAAGAUGAAGACAUUCGGGACAGUGGGGGACCUAAGCCUGUGAUGGUGUAUAUUCACGGAGGGUCCUACAUGGAAGGCACUGGAAAUUUAUAUGAUGGCAGUGUGCUAGCAAGUUAUGGGAAUGUGAUAGUCAUCACAGUCAACUAUCGCCUUGGGGUACUUGGGUUUUUGAGUCCUGGGGACCCUUGGCAGCUACAUAACCAGUCUCCCUUAGAUGGAGGCGCGUAUGCAGUGGAGCCGGGAGAGGAAGAUUGCCACGCUCGGAUCUGUAUCAUCAAAGUGACAGAAUGGACAGUAAACAACAGGUUAUUGACUGGGUGCCAGAGUUCCCCAGAAAGGAUCUGUCAGAAGUUCUUAACCCAUCCGAAAGGUGGAGGUGGAUUAGAAAUUUUAUGUAAUGUGUAUGUAAAUCAAGGAACUUCCAACAUUGAAAUAAUCCACCAAGUUUACAAUAUCCUGAUUUACAGUAAGAUGGAAGGACAUGAAGAUGCUGCUCUAGAGCUCAGCAUCUGGGCCAGAUCUGCUGCUGCCCCUGGUCUUGGUCAGGAGUUUUAUACUCCCGGGUCUUCUCUGACCUCUG